AUGGGAACUGGUUGCAAUACAUGUCUUAGUUAUACUCAUUCGUCCUGAUAGGUCGGGGAUUCGCAUCCUAUAUUCUUUUGUCCUCUGCGGGACCCCAGUAGACAUCUUUUCGCCGCCGCAAACAAAGGAUUCGCGCACACACCAUCUUGGCUUCCAUGACUCUUGGAGCCUAAGGCCUAUCAUUUGGGUCAAAAACCAAGUUUCUUGCUAGAUAGAAGUAAUCUCUAUAGUCCUGUUCGAGGUACUUACUCCCCCCCCCCCUCCGUGAGCGCGAACAAAACCAUUAGAAAAAUCGCCAUUUUUUGACCAAAAACCCACCCUCCGUGAGUGAACAAAAAUUUUUUUAAUAGAAAAAAUUUUAAUGGAAAAAAAUUUGGAUAUAUAAGUGAUAAUUAGUAUAAUGAAAUCUAGAGCUAAUUCUGUUUAAUUUUAAACAAAUUGCGUUUUAAAACAUAAAUUUUUUGCAAAUUAAAUUAAUAUUUGCUUCCCAAUUUUUGCAAAUUAGGAUUUUUUUAAAUUUCGAAAAAAAUAUUUUUUAUAAAAUUUAUAUAUAAAUUUUUUUUAAAAAAAAAAAUUAACCCCCCUCCGUGAGCGAACAAAAUUUUUUUGUUCGCUCACGGAGGGGGGGGGGGGGGAGUUAGCAUCCUCUCGUAGCUGUUGCUGGUCAUAUCUAUUCUAAUGAUGGUCUCGGAGGAAAACCCCAAGUCCUCUAAAUCAGCUCCCAGUGGCUCGAGUAAACCUAACCCGACAUACAUAAAGGAUUACUCCUUUCCCCAUUGCCUGCUGCUAUUAGAGAAAUAAGGUCAAGAAGUCGGGUGGUCUGUCAUCACAUUUUUAUGUAUUUGCAAUGCAUGUCUUAAAGAUACUGAUAUUGAUGAAGAACGAUUUAUUAUUGACAAGCGCUCACACAAAAAUAACAAAAAUCUCGACUCCUCAUUUAUUUUAUUUUCCCCUCAUCCAUUUUACCCAGAAUAUGACUCGUCUUCAAUAGUUCUUUUGCAAAGUGUCAUCAGAGGUUACAUAGAACGAAAAUCAUUAUCAAUUAAAAUUCAUGCUGGAUCUCACUCCAGAGCAGAAUCUGACACUAAUUCUCGAUCUAUUAUAGAAAUUUGAGGACCAAUUCCUGAUUACUCUAAUUCGGCAACGAUAACGACAGCGAAAAAAUUGGGUCGUUUUAAGUACCAAAAAAAAUUUAUCGAUGAGGUGAAAGUAUUUAAAAAAGGCCCAGUGCAGAUUGAAGGAGGAGCGAUUUAUAUUGGUGAAUGAAAUGAAAAUUGGGAGAGGUAUGGAAAAGGAAUUCAGACUUGAAAAGAUGGGUCGAAGUAUGAAGGGUAUUGAAAAAUAAAAAUAUUGUUUUUAAAUAUAUAUUUUUACAAUUUUUCAGUUAUAAAUUAAAACUAUUGAAAAAAUGACUUUGCUAAUGGAAGAGGGAGGCUGAUUCACAGCGAUGGAGAUAGCUAUGAAGGCGAUUGAGUAGACGGCAAGGCCAGUGGAAAAGGCAUAUACAUUCAUUCAGAUGAUACUCGCUAUGAAGGAGACUGGCUUAAUGAUGAAAAGCAUGGCAAUGGAAUAGAAAUAUGAUCUAAUGGGUCACGCUAUGAAGGUAGCUAUGAAUACGGAAAAAAGCAUGGAAAAGGAAAACUAAUUUUAGCUGAUGGAUCAUACGAAGGAGAUUUUUUUGAAGGAAACAUUCACGGAUAUGGAGUUUAUCAAUGAAAAGACCUAAGAAAAUACAGUGGUCAAUGGAAGAACAACAAAAUGGAUGGCCAAGGCAGUUUUGUUUGGCCUGACGGAAGAUUCUAUAAAGGAGAAUAUCACAAAGAUCAUAAACAUGGCUUUGGAAUUUUUAAGUGGCCUAAUGGAAAAGUUUAUGAAGGUUUUUGGAAAAAUGGAAAACAAAACGGAUUAGGAAAAAUGACUAAUUCAGAUGGGAAAAUAGAAGAAGGGGAAUGAAGAGAUGGGAAGCUUGUACAAAAUAAAUUGUAA